CAAGAAUUUUUAUAUACACCACCGGACUUAACUGAACCAAAAUCAAAAUCAAAACUUACAACAAAUAACGACCAUGAUGAGCAAAGAGUUUUAUUAGCAACAGUAUAUACGCAACCCGAUCCACGUUUACAAUCACAAUCGACCACUUUGCUAUUACCAGCAGCACCACGACCCACAGUGAUACCGCGUCAACAACCCGAUACAUUACUAAUCUCGCAACCGCCAAAUGCUGCUGAAACAACAACCGAUGGUACGAUGUUACAAGAUGCUCCCACAGAUGAAGAUGAUUUUAUUGACAGUAGCGUUCUCCCAUUAACAGCUUUAAAUGGAAAAGAAAGUUACAAUGUUUCAAUGACAGAUCUUUCUAAAGACGACGAAACUUCGUGCAUGUCAGUUGAAUCUAAAGAUGGUGAGACAGAAAGUAAUGUCAAUGAUCACACAAUACAAGGGUCAUCAACAGUUUUACCCAAUGUAGCUACUCACGCUAGUCAAGAUGGUAUAUCUUCACGAACACGACAUAAACAGUGCGUGGAGAAGUUGAAAGUUAUAUUCAAUCAUGCGGAAAAUGUGCCAAGUUUAACGUCAAAAGAACAAAACACAUGGCAAAUUGAACCCAAUUCCACCACCAGAAGGACCGAUGGAAUUAGUCGGCAUACAUUUUUGGGGACAACCAGACAAGAAUCCGACAAUGGGAAUAAAUACGUAUUGGUCAUAACCGAUUACUUGACAAAAUUUGUCAUAGUGAAGGCGUUACCUAACAAUACAGUACAAACAACUGCCCAAACAUUUGUCGAAGAACUCAUCUUUAACUUUGGUGUACCAGAUCGGCUCAUCGCCGAUCAAGGAGUCCACUUUAAUAAUGAAUUAAUGAAAAAUGUGGCAGAAUUGAUAGGUUUCGACUACAUUAAAUCAAUACCAUACCAUCUACAGACGAAUGGUCAAGUCGAACGGUUCAAUGCAACAUUUCGACCGCAACUAGCAAAGUUACAAGGCGAGAAUUUGAACCAUUAA